GAGGGAGGGAGGGAGUGGUGGUGGGAAGGCUAAGGAGGCUAGUGAAGGGGAAGGAGGGGAGGAGGGCUCGACCGAGCUGAGCAAAAACACGCCAAAACACUUUUAAAUGUCCGCCAUGUUGCCAAUGGCGCACUGAGCCGCCAACGCGGAGGGGAAUCGGAGCGCCGGGAAAACGCAGGCCGACACUCAGCGACCGACAUCCGGGCCUCCACCCCCACCACAUCACACGGCGGCUCCAGGCUGGCGACGCCCAACCUUAGCGCUUGACAAGCUUACAAAAAAAAAAAAAAAACGUCAGAGUUGGCCGCCCCAGAAUCAUCCAUGAAAGCUUCACUCGUCACCGCGGUGAAUCUUAGGAGCUCGGAGAGACAUUAUUUGUGAGAGGGGGGACCUGGAAAGCAUCAAAAUGAGUAAAUUGUCGUUUCGGGCGCGGGCGCUGGACGCCACCAAGCCGCUGCCCGUCUUCCGUUGUGAGGAUUUACCCGACCUGCACGAGUAUGCGUCCAUUAACAGGGCCGUGCCACAAAUGCCGACGGGCAUGGAGAAAGAGGAGGAAUCGGAACAUCACCUCCAACGGGCCAUCUCAGCACAGCAGGUCUACGGCGAGAAGCGGGACAAUAUGGUCAUCCCAGUUCCGGAGGCGGAGAGCAACAUCACCUACUAUGAAUCGCUGUACCCCGGAGAUUACAAGAUGCCAAAGCAGCUCAUUCACCUACAGCCUUUUAGCCUGGACACGGAGCAGCCGGACUACGACCUGGACUCGGAUGACGACGUCUUUGUCGCCAAAUUGAAAAAAAAGAUGGAGAUCAGCCUGCUGCAAUUUGAGGAGAUGAUUGACCGGCUGGAGAAAGGCAGCGGGCAGCAGCUGGUGAGUCUCCCCGAGGCCAAGCUGUUGCUCAAGGAGGACGAUGAGCUCAUCAAGGAGGUGUUUGACUACUGGAGCCGCAAGAGGAAAAACAGCAAGGCGCACUCGCUUAUCAACAUCAUCAAGCAGGAGAAGCGCGACGGCUCCAGCACCAGCGACCCCUACGUGGCCUUCAGGAGGCGCACAGAGAAGAUGCAGACCAGGAAGAACCGCAAGAACGAUGAAGCGUCGUACGAGAAGAUGCUAAAACUCCGCAGGGAUCUGAGCCGGGCUGUCACCAUUCUGGAGAUGAUCAAAAGGAGGGAGAAGAGCAAGCGAGAACUGCUGCACCUCACACUGGAGAUUUUUGAGAAGAGGAAUGUCAUGUCAGACUACGGUGGUGAGGUCCUGGCUGAGGUCCUGGCAGAACGGGCACUGGUGAGACCGCAAAUCAUCCCGCUGGUGCCACUCACCAACCAGUACCACAUGGACCACAAGGACUACAAGUCCAAGUCCGAGAAGACGGAAGUCCCUCGGCAGAAGAGGAAAUACGAGAAGAAACAGAAAGCUCUUCCGCUGUCAAUCAGUGCUGCGCACCACCAGGGUCCGGCAGUCUUCAACGCCAAGGACCUGAACCAGUAUGACUUCCCGAGCUCAGAUGAAGAACCUCAGCUUCACUCAGGCUCUUCAGAAGCAGAGGAGGAGAAUGACCCGGACGGCGCCUACGCUUUUCGAAGGAAGGCAGGCUGCCAGUAUUACGCUGCUCAUCAGGAUCGUGUCGGGGCGUGGCCUUGGUCCCCAGGCUGGGAGGGUGGCCUGGCACAUUCCCGGUACUGCUACAGUCUCACCACGCUCACUGUACCGCGACGAUGCCAGGGUCUGGCCCGCCGACGGCUGGGACGAGGGGGCAGGGUCCUACUGGACCGAGCACACUCAGACUAUGAUAAUGUUUUCCACGAACUGGACCCAAAGACGCUGGACUGUGCGACAAAGACGCUGGACUGCGCGCCGCCCCCGUUGGGCUCAUGCUCGUCGGCCGCCAGCAAGUUUGCCAGUACCUCACCAAUCAAUACCUCAGACAGAAGCUCCUCCUCGCCACCCUCGGACCUCAGUCAGAUCCUUUUGAGCAUAAAGGCGUGCCGGUGGCGCCACUUCCGACCGCGGACGCUACCGCUGCACCAACUGGACAAUGCCCACCCGUUGUUCCGCAGGCUAAGUCGCAGCAUCAAGCGACCGCUCACCAAUAUUGGGCCUACCGCCCAACGCAUCUUACGGCCUGGACCGCCGCCCCAGCCCCAUGUUGCCCUGACAGCUGAGCAGUUCCAGCAACACCAGGACCAGUUGGUGCAGAUGCAGAAGGAGCAGCUGGAGCAGCAGCAGCAACUUCAAGCCAACAGAGCCACCACUGCCCACAGCACAACUACAACACAGGUGUCUGCCAACACAUUGGACCAGGCCAGCGCCCAGUUUGCCGCCUCCGCACUCGUCACUACAGAGCAAAUUCUGGCUCUGAAAACCAAGGAGGAGCUCAGCCAGGAUGGCGGCGUCAACGGCAUCCUAACCCCCUCAGGUGUCUACAAGGGCUUGCACCUCUCUAGCACAGCUUCCCCCUCCCUGGCUGCCCCGGCCCCUCCUGCCACUCUGUCUAGCGCCGCUUCCUUACAUCCGGGCAGCGCAACCAACGCCGCACCCCCCUGCAGCACCAACAGCAACAAUGGGACCGCCCACCACGCUGGCCCCACAACCACUAAUGCCACUCAGGUCCCGCUGGGCAACAGCAACAGCCUCCGCCUGGCCAUGCCCGCCGGCAAACGGGUCCACGCCCCCCGAACGCUAAGCAGCGCCAUGUCGGCGUCUGCCUUAAAGCUGGCGCAUGCAGCCGCCGCCGCCAACUGUCAAAAGCCCAAGGUCCCCUCGUCCACCGCAGCGUCGCCGCUUGACAUCGUGCCAAGGGAGAAUCACGAACAGGAAAAGGCGGCGCCACUGAGCAGUCUGUCUGAGAACACAAUGGCCAUGGAGGUGACGUAGCCCAUCGCACACAGGACCCCACGUUUUUUUUUCUUUCUUUCUUGUUUUAAGGUGCUAUGCAUCGUCCAUUAGGCUUGAAAAUGAGCGGACUGACUGGACUUGACUGUGCGGUGUCCGCUCUGCGGAGCCACUCAUCCACACGCACACACAUAUGUAUAUUUGUAUGUGUAUAUAUGUGUGUGUGUGUAUAUAUAUAUAUACACAUAUAUAUAUAUAAAACUCCUCCACCGUAUUUGUUACUGUUAAUAAGAGAUUGUCUGUAAAUUGUUAAUAUGGCAAUUAUUAAAUGUACAGUACUGAAUAUUUGUAGGCCCCGCCAACCCGCCCCUCUUGUAUAUAACAUGACUUGAAUACAGUUGUUCAUUUGUGAUGUUUUGCACUCGACUUGUUGGAAAAAAAAUAGAGGACAAACGCCGCUGCUGCGACCAGUCUCAACCCCGCCCCCCCACAGAGCCCUUGUCUAUUUAUUGUGCCACGUUUACGUCCAAUCCUCUGUUGCGACCACUCUUUCUUCAACCAAACCCCACCCGUCAUUUCACACACCUUUUUUUCUACAAUAAAUAUUUUUGUACCUCAUUUUUUCUUAGCUUGAUUUGUGAUUUGACUCCGCCAAAAGAAACACAUUGUUUAGUUUUUGUUUUUGUGCUGGGACAUGGCAAAAAAGGACCAAUCAUUCCACUUCAAACAAAAAACAACAACAACAAAAAUAAGCUAAUUUUGACAUUUAAAGGCAUUGUGGUCAUUGAUAUGCUGAUCUCUUCUGUGAAGAGUUGGGUACCUAAGCUUCUGCCCCCCCCCCCUCCUUUUUUUGUGUACGUAUGGCAGUGAGCACCCCCUAGCGUGUGUGCGUGUGUGUGCUGGUGUGGACACGUCAGCAAUCAUGCGGCUAAGAUGAAUGGAAGUACUCCUCAACAAAAGUGUCAGUCAAUGAAAUAAACAUCCAGGGCAUUA